AGGACACUCCAGGCAGAUCCAGCCUCGAUUUCAAAGGGUUUGAAGUGCCUGAGGAACAGGAAGGCCAGUGGGGCUGAAGCAGAGGGACUCCUGACAUCUGCCCGAUACGCCGCAGCCGGAGUCCCCAGGCUCCCAAUCCGUGGGAAAGAGGCACACAGGGAGGAGGCGGGAGUGGAGGGUGCUAAGCCCACGGCCGGAAGAGCACUACUCUGCCCCACAAGGAGCCUUGGGCGGCAGCCCAUGGAGUCGGGGUUGCUACGACCAGCGCCGGUGAGCGAGGUCAUUGUGCUGCAUUACAAUUACAACGGCAAGCUACGCGGUGCGCGCUACCAGCGCGCAGGAUUGCGUGCAGACGCUGUUGUGUGCUUGGCGGUAUGCGCAUUUAUUGUGCUCGAGAACUUGGCGGUGUUGUUGGUGCUCGGACGCCAUCCGCGCUUCCAUGCGCCCAUGUUCCUGCUCCUGGGCAGCCUCACGUUGUCUGACAUGCUAGCAGGUGCUGCCUACGCCAUUAACAUUCUACUGUCCGGACCACUCACGCUGCGAUUGUCACCUGCGCUCUGGUUCGCUCGUGAGGGAGGCGUCUUCGUGGCGCUCGCCGCGUCGGUGCUGAGCCUCCUGGCCAUUGCACUUGAGCGCCAUCUCACCAUGGCGCGCCGGGGACCCGCGCCUGCUGCCAGUCGAGGGCGCACGCUGGCAAUGGCCGUCGCAGCUUGGAGCGUGUCGCUGCUCCUUGGGUUACUGCCCGCACUCGGUUGGAACUGUCUGGGUCGCCUGGAGGCUUGCUCCACUGUCCUGCCGCUCUACGCCAAGGCGUACGUGCUCUUCUGCGUGCUCGCCUUCCUGGGCAUCCUGGCGGCCAUCUGUGCACUCUAUGCACGCAUCUACUGCCAGGUACGAGCCAAUGCACGGCGACUGCGAGCACGACCAGGGGCUAGUAGGGGCACCUCGACCCGCUCGCGCCGCACACCGCGAUCGCUGGCGCUGCUGCGCACGCUCAGCGUGGUACUCCUGGCCUUCGUGGUGUGUUGGGGCCCUCUCUUUCUGCUGCUGUUGCUAGACGUGGCCUGCCCGGCCCGCGCCUGCCCUGUGCUCCUACAGGCGGACCCCUUCCUGGGCUUGGCCAUGGCCAACUCGCUUCUGAACCCCAUCAUCUACACACUCACCAACCGUGACCUGCGUCAUGCGCUCCUGCGCCUUGUCUGCUGCGGCCGCCGUCCUUGCAGCGGAGGCCCCGGCAGCGCCCAGCGAUCCGGAAGCGCACCUGGAGCUUCGGGCGGCCUGCGCCGCUGUCUACCCCAGGGCCUGGACCACAGCUCCAGCCGCUCUGAGCGCUCGUCGCCCCAGCGAGAUGGACUGGACACCAGUGGCUCCACGGGUAGCCCCAGCGCGCCCACAGCUCCUCGGACUCUGGUACCCGAACCGGUAGCAGACUGACGCCAUCAACCUGUCAUUGCCUAUCCCAAGAGCUGUUUUACAGACUUUCUCUCUUUUAAAAGAGAAAUUUGUAGGAAACACAGCCAAAGAUGGUGGAGACAGAAGAGACAAAAAGGGAAGAUGUAUUUAUUAAGCCUAAACUCCCCAACAAGGAAGAGACAAAAAUUCUUACCCUCCUGGAACUGACGUUCUGGUGUGGGCACGGACAAUAACACAGUGAUGUAAUAAUAAUGGAGAUAAUUCCAGUGACAGUACAGGAAUGGGAUGGGAUGGUGUAGAGGUGGUGACAUGUAUUGGUCAAAGACCCUGAGGCUGGGAUGUGCCCACGUGUCCUAGGAAAAGCAAGGAUCUACGUGUGGGUAGAGUAGCAAAUAGCGGGAGAGAAUGGGAGGAGACAAGAACAGGAAGAUGACCCAGCAGAAUGUGGAAGACCCUGUGGAUCCUGGGUUUUUGUUCGAGGUUCAUCAGGAAGGGUUCUAAGCAGAGGAGGGACUUGCCCUGAUUCAGAUGUUCGCAGGCACCUUAUGGCCAGUGCAGAGGGCAAAAGUGGAAGGCAGAAGCAGGUGAAGGGACAGCACUGACCCAGAGGAGUAAUAAGGAAGAACCCCACUAUGCUCACACAAGGUGUAUUCUAGAUAGAUUUUGGAGGCAGCAGACAGAAUUCCUGAAAAUGGGCGUGAGAAUGAGGGAAAGAAAGCUCUCAGGAGCAACUCCAAGAGCAGGGCACCCCAAAAUUUGAUUCUGGGAGAGAGCCAAAUCCUGACAGCAAAAUUUCUUUGAGUGUGGUGUCAGAUCUUUCAUAAGAAAUAUAAUUGUAAUAAAAUAAUAAGAGUGAUUACAGUUUAUAAUGCUUGGCUAGUCCCCUCCACUGGGAUACCUGGGAAUCACUUAUUUUUUCACCCUACUGUAGCCUGGUAAAGUAGCUGUCCUUUUCCCCAUUGACAGAUAAAGAAACUCCAAGCAGUGAGCACCUCGCCCCAGUGUCCUGACCAGGAUACUAGCCCAGGCUGUCUGGAUCCAGGCAGGAGGAGGUCAACCCCCAUUAUCUGGCCCCCUGGAGGGCUCUGGCUAGAUCAGGCCGACACGCCCCCGCCCCAGGGUGGACAUUCUUGCCUGGGGGAGAUACCAGGCCCCGUUUGGUCCAUAAAAGGCUCCAGGCGCGCAGGCCACGACCCGGCAAGUCCCCAGGCACAUUCCUGACACUGCACUGAGGGGCUGGCACCGGGGGUUGGGAGGGGGCGUCUGGCUUGGGGUUUAGAUUGCGGCGCGCCACCUUGCGGGAGACCUGGGAACUGCAAGCAGCUUCAGAAAUCAGUGGUGUAGUCGCUGACCCAGUCUUGAGGCACAUUUCUGCCAAGCAUGCUCAGGCUGCCUCUGCACGCCACAUGCGUGUAAAACCAACAUGUUUCCAGGAACACGAGUACACCCCAAACCGAGGUCGCCAUCCUAGGGCGCUCCCAGAACUCCCACCUUCCUGGCUUCUCUAAUCUUCCAGAAGAAUCCAAGGCCUCCUUGGACACCCCACCCUGUUCUCUUGUUUGGUGGUAUGAUGGUAGCAGAGUUAUACAAUAAAAAAACAAAAGGAAAACCAAAAAAAAUACAUUAAAAAAGCACCCACCUCCCCUUCUGGGUUACCAUCACUGCUGAUCACUAUUGGGAUUCCUGGGGAAAUUUCAGAGCUAUUCUAUGGAUAAA